AUGCCCCGGAAGUUCCUCGACUCCGUUUCGGCUAAUUACCAAGGUCACCGCGUUACAUGGAGAGAACGAAUAUCACACUUCACAUGGUCAUGGUUCGAAUGUACAAUGUCGACUGGCGCGAUGGCGACCCUCCUCUCUCAGCAACCGUACAGCUUCCACGGCCUGAAAACGAUCGGAAAGGUUGUCUUCAUUCUUGACCUCGUUUUGUUCGCCACGUUUACCGCACUUAUCACACUGCGUUUCUGCCUCAACAGGGGAGCAUUGACCAAGUCAUUACACCACGGAAAUGAGAGUUUCUUCUUCGGCACCUUUUGGGUCAGUCUUGCCCUCAUCAUCUAUUCGAUCCAAGCAUAUGGCGUCCCGUCCUGUGGGCACUGGCUCGUAACAACGCUGGAAGUCCUCUUCUGGUUAUACGCUGCCUGCGUCAUGCUGGUCUCUAUCUUCCAGUAUCAUGUCAUCUUCGAUCUCGAGCAAUUGCCCGUGCACGAGAUGAUGCCGGCUUGGAUUCUUCCAGUCUAUCCGUUUCUCAUUCUUGGCCCACUGGCGGGCACCUUACUGUACAGUCAGCCACGGCCGUCCGCUGCAUUACCAAUUCUGAUUGGCGGCAUUGCUUUCCAAGGCUUGGGAUGGUGCUUUGCUUUCAUGCAAUACACCUUGUACAUCACGAGGCUUACAAGUGGACUAUUACCGGAUGAACCCAAACGACCGGGUAUGUUCGUGGCCGUCGGACCCGCAGCGUACACGUCUCAGGCCCUGAUCAAUCUCGGCAGCCAAGCCCAGGUCAUUCUCCCAUCCGACUUUCUCGGUAUCACCACUAUCCCAGUAGGGGACAUAUGGAAAGCAGUUGGGGUGGCAGGUGGUUGUUUCCUCUGGCUUGUGGGCUUUUGGUUCUUCGCCAUCUCCUUGGUCGGGUUCGUUCAUGGCUAUAAAUACGCGCAUUUCACAUUGAAUUGGUGGGCUCUUAUUUUUCCGAAUGCUGGACUAACCAUAGCCCUGAUACACAUUGGCAACGUGUUGUCAAGUAAUGCAAUCAAGGCUGUCUGCUCGGCCAUGACAAUCCUACUCUGCGUGGUCUGGUUGUGGGUGGCAGCGUUGAACAUCAAGGCUGUGUGGCGAGGGCAGAUUCUAUGGCCACAUAAGGAUGAGGAUAUGGAAGAUAUCGAGGGUCAUGAGCAAUAA